UAACGAAAAGAAAAAGGAAGAAUGUCGGUAAUCUUUUUCUGAUUUAAUUUAUUAUUUUAUUCAUAUAUUAACCAUAUUAACCAUGAAUUACAUAUAUUUUAAUCAGCGAGUUUGUCGCAACCUCAAGCUGUUGCAGUUUUACCACAAGGAAUUUCAGCUGAUGACGAAUAUCGGCCCGCUUCAAGAUCUAAGACUUCUGUGGAAGCAUUGCUGAACCCAUGUCAAUGCUUAACUGGAGCAAAAUGUAUCUGCUGUCGUUUAGAUUCAUCCGAUAUGCUAUAUUCUAACCCGACAUCAGACACAUCUGUUAAUAACAAUGAUUCAUCUCAUUUGCCCACAUCAGCUCAAACUGCAAUUUAUACAUUACCACCUAUUUCUGCUAAUCUAAACCAACAUCAAUAUAUUCACGGUUAUGAUAAUAGUGCAAAAGGCAAAAGUGUCAACCCACAAUUACGUUUCACGACUUCUUUGAAUAAUAAUGGUGGAGGGUAUUCAAAACAUAUUAAUUCUUCUGUUGAAAAAGGUAGUAGUCCUUUUGCAAGUACUGCUCCAUUAGAGUCAGGAUAUUCAUAUAAUGAUGAGGAUGAUACGGAUUUUAAAUCUUAUGACCAAAGUGGAAUUUUAGGUAAAGAAAUUUGUCGUAGUACAUCUACCGAUUUAGCUAACAAAAUUUAUAGUUCAUUUCAAAGUUGUUCUACAAAUAUGACUGAUAGAAGUUGUUGUGGAGGUAAUAAUUCGCCAACAAUGAUGCCCAUUUGUAGAUGUGGUCCAGGUUGCAAAUGUUCAGGCUGUGAUACUCAUGCAAAAAGAGUCAACGUUGAAUAUUCUUACAAUAAUUUAUCAUCGAAUAGUUUGUCAUCGAGUUGUUGCUCUUCUCAUCAUGAGAUCACCCAGCCUGAACACAAGAAAAUUAGGGAUGAAGAUGGUGUAUUAUUAUGUGGUUGUGGUUGUCAAAAGUUAGAUACUGAAUGUGCGGAUUGUUUAGAAAAUUUGUGUGAAGGUAUGUUAAUAUUUGUUAAAGUAGGGACAUUUUUUUUUAUGAGAUUCUCAUUUAUAUGUAAGAGAAAUUUAUAUUAUAAAAAUACCAAAAAAAAAGUUAUAUGCAGUAUUAUAAUUAUGUUAACAACAAAUAAGUAAUAGUUUAAGGUAC